AUGGCUACCGUUUCGCCCACGCCCUCAUAUGGGGGUCGCAUGCGUGCGCACUCCUCGAUACGACCCAGGAGAGACUCUCCACUGUCGGUGUUGGGGCAAUCACAGGGCUUCUCAGCAGAUGCGCCCAUGAUGCAGAACAUCAACAUUGGCGACAGCUCCGACGACGAGAUACCGCAACCUAUGAAGCUUAGCGCUUUGACAACUGCACUACUUGCGCAAGGGAGUGACGUUGACUCGCCUGAGAAAAGGAAACCAAAGCUGAAGAUCUCGCGCAAUGCAUCUCCUGGCUCCAACACACCAGUGCAAGACACCGUCACACCUGCACCAAGUUUGCGAAUAAAGAGAGUACCAUUACGGGGUGCGCCCGUGAGGAGAUUUCGGAGGACACCUCAGAGCGAAGAAGAGCACCAUCCCUCUCAAGACCAAGAAAAUAUGCCCAUCUCAGCAGUCAAGGCGCAGCCUGAGAACGUGCCCGAUUCCGUCCUGAAGGUUACCGGCUCUGUCAUGAAGGUGGCAGAGGAUCGCCACAUGCAACCACCUCCAGAGCACCAAUCACCCAUACAACGAUCAUCACAGCAGCAAGAGAAACAAAGGCCACUCCAGGCGCUCGACGCGAACACGCCGCGAAGACCAGCACCUCCACCUCCCCCGAAGAUGUCAGUGCUGGAGACGGCGACCACGGCGGCCGGAGCGGCGACAACGAAGACGAGGGAGAGAAAGAAGAGGAGCACAUUAUCCGUCAAUGGGAAGCAUUAUUCCCAAAUGGACAGGAUCGGACGAGGAGGCAGUUCGGCUGUUUACCGUGUCAUGGCAGAGAAUUUCAAGCUGUUGGCACUGAAGAGAGUCAAGCUUGAAGAUGCAGACGAGGCCACCGUGCGAGGCUUCAAGGGCGAGAUCGACCUGCUCCAGAAGCUCAAGAACGUUGAUCGCGUUGUGAGACUAUACGAUUGGGAGGUGGACGAGCAACGGCAGGUGCUCAGUGUGCUCAUGGAACUCGGAGAAUCGGAUCUCGCACGCAUAAUACGGAUGAAACUCGACCCGGCCGAUGGCGAUGGCAAACUAGACCUGAGCUUUACACGUUACUACUGGAAGGAAAUGCUCGAAUGCGUCGGAGCAGUUCACGAUCACGACAUUGUCCACUCAGAUCUCAAACCCGCAAACUUCCUCCUUACCUCGGGCCGCUUAAAGCUCAUCGAUUUCGGCAUUGCAAACGCCAUCGAAGUUGACCACACCGUAAACGUGCACCGGGAUUCACACAUUGGCACUCCAAACUACAUGUCACCAGAAUCGCUCGAAGAUUCCGCUGGUGGCGCCCGAGGUCUCUUGUCUAACGGGAACGGCUCCAAAGACAUGGCUUUAGGGAAACCUUCUGACGUUUGGAGUCUUGGCUGUAUCCUCUAUCAAAUGGUCUACGGCCGUCCUCCUUUCGCACACAUUACAAACCAGAUGGCGCGUGUCCUCGCCAUCGUCAAUCGCGACUACAAGAUCGAAAUCCCCGAUCUCGGUGUUGGUGAUGUUCGUGUCCCUCCUGGUCUCAAAGCGACACUUCGUCGCUGCUUGCAACGCGACGCCUCGCGCCGACCAAACGUCGCUCAACUUUUGGACGAAAGAGAUCCUUUCCUGUACCCUGAUGGCGGUGAUGACCUCAGGAUACCGCAGGAAUUGCUCGGUCAGAUCAUUCAAAGAGUCGCGGAUCGGUUUAGAGAUCCGAAUAAAAGCCCCCCUACUGAUGAUGAGAUUCGUCAGUAUCCAGCAAGUUUCUACGAGAAGAUCAGACAGUUACUUGAAAGUGACUGA